CUUCCGGAUACCAGAGCGUUACAAAACACUGGCAUGUUUCAUUCACUUAACUGUUUUUAACUAGAGGACAUCGUGUUCUGCUCCAUCGCGUUUUAAACAUGCAGCUCGCUGAGAUGCUGCAGGUGAUGAGGGGCGCAGGUAAAGUGGGGUCUGCCCUGGUGAGCACGCAAGGGGAACAUCUUAGGCUGAUGGCCUGCAACUCAUCCCUUGGGGGUGUCGCCCAAGCUGCCCAGGAUAUGGUGGAGGGACUGGUGGGCACUGCAAUGGGAGGCAGCAAGGCUCAGUCUUUGAAAGAGGACGUGUUCCCUGAUGCCGAGGGCUGGGAGAUGGAGCCGGAAGAGGCUGCCCAGUGGUCUGUUGGCUCAGAGUUCUCAGCCGGUGAAUCCAGGCAGAGCCAUGCUGGUCCUGAAGCCACUGCAGAGUCCACAUCAGGUACGUUACCAGGAGUGCCUCCACGCCAGGGGAACAGUCAAGGAGGAGCGGGCUGGCCGGGGCAGACGGCCAGGUUCCUCCACACCUCAGCAGGCCUCCACCACCGCUACCAGGCCAGGUUCAUCCAUGACACCGUGGUGGCCAGGCUCACACCGGAGGACAUCAAGAAGGCACGGGAGGCCAAGCAGGCCUUGGUCAAACCCGUCCGACAAAAGCUCAGUGACCGGGCCAGGGAGAGGAAGGUUCCUGCCACUAGGAUAAGCAGGCUGGCUAACUUUGGCGGGCUUGCAGUCGGGCUGGGGAUCGGUGCCAUUGCAGAGGUGGCAAAGCAGUCCUUUGGCAGCAAACGAUCAGGAGACGCCGGGGCGGUGAUGGACUCUCCGCUCCUGUCCGAGGCCAACGCAGAGAGGAUAGUGAACACGCUAUGCAAGGUCCGCGGUGCCGCACUCAAGAUCGGCCAGAUGCUCAGCAUCCAAGACAACUCCUUCAUCAACCCCCAGCUGCAGAAGAUCUUUGAGAGGGUCCGGCAGAGCGCCGACUUCAUGCCCCCCUGGCAGAUGAACAAAGUUCUGGCGGAGGAGCUGGGCUCAGGCUGGAGGGAUCAGCUGUUAUCUUUUGAUGACAAACCAUUUGCCGCAGCGUCCAUCGGCCAGGUGCAUCUCGGGGUUUUGAAAGACGGCCGAGAAAUUGCCAUGAAAAUCCAGUACCCAGGAGUAGCAGAGAGCAUCCACAGUGACAUAAACAACCUGAUGUCUGUACUGAAGAUGAGCGUCAUCCUGCCAGAUGGCCUGUUUGCAGACAGCAGCCUGGAGGUCCUCCAGAGGGAGCUCGCAUGGGAGUGUGACUACAAGAGGGAGGCGGAGUGCGCCAAGAAAUUUAGGACCCUGCUGGAGGGCCAUGAGUUCUUCCAGGUCCCUGAGGUGGUCGAGGAGCUGUCUGGGCGCAAGGUGCUUGCCAUGGAACUGAUCCACGGAGUCCCCCUGGACCGCUGUGUCGACCUGGAUCAGGAGACCAGGAAUAAGAUCUGCUUCAGCAUCCUGCAGCUGUGCCUCCGGGAGGUCUUUGAGUUCAGGUUCAUGCAGACGGAUCCCAACUGGGCCAACUUCUUCUACAACGCCGAGACCAACAAGGUCAUCCUGUUGGACUUCGGUGCAUGCAGAGGCUACGACGAGGCCUUCACAGAUGACUACAUACAGGUGGUGCACGCGGCCUCAGUGGGCGAUCGAGCAACGGUUCUCUCCAAAUCCAAGGACCUGAAGUUCCUCACCGGCUUCGAGACCAAGGCCUUCCAGGAGGCCCACGUGGAGGCGGUGAUGAUCCUGGGCGAGGCCUUCUCCUCCGCGGAGCCCUUUGACUUCAGCAGCCAGAGCACCACCAAGCGCAUCCACGGCCUGGUGCCCGUCAUGCUGCGCCACCGCCUCACGCCCCCGCCCGAGGAGAGCUACUCCCUCCACCGCAAGAUGGCUGGCUCCUUCCUCAUCUGCUCAAAGCUUGGCGCCAGCAUCGCCUGCCGGGGCAUGUUCCUGGAGAUCCACCGGGCGUACCAGGAGCGGAGCAAGCGGCAGGCAGAGGCUGCCGCCGCCAUCGAAGGCGCUGCUUAGAUAAACAACGCGCCGUGUUGUGGGAUGGACCCGAGAUGUACUCCCUGAGCUCUGUGGACGUGUGAGCCUGCUCCCGGGGGCCAGGGGUUGUUUAUGUUCUGCUGUCGCGAGAGGAGAGGAGUCCUGAACUACUGUGCAUGCGUGUGUGUGGGCGGCAGGUCCACACCUCUGGCUUGUAACAGUGUGUGAACUCUGACCUGGCUGAUAACUGGCAGUUGUUGAUUGGGUGGAGCUGCUGUGGGUUUGACUUGAACUGGUUGUCUGGACUCUGGCGAUCUCCUCAACUGAUGCACUCCAGUGACUUCUCUGACACUGAACUGGUAUCAUGAAAUAGGAAGCUACUAUAUAUUUAGUUGAUGAUAAAUAUACUUGUAUUUGUAUAAUAAUUAUCUGCAGUAAUGUAUUAAUAAAGUUUUCUUUUUUCGUUUUUUUGAUUUAUUUAUGCUCGAUCAAUGUCAAACGAUACACUGUAGACGUCCAAGGCCAUGCAGAUGCUGAUAUGCAAUAAUGUUGCCAAGGGCAGGUCUACACAUGCAACAUGUUCCAAGAAGGUAGUAAUUAUGUGAAAAGCCUCUUGUGGUAAUAGACAAGAGGCUCUUCACUUUAUGACAUGGUUUAUUAAUAGUCUGUUGCGUUUUCCUUCAGUUUGCAAAGAACUGUUUUUUCCUGGCAUAGAACUUUUUUUUCUCCUUGCCAGGAAUAUGUGAGAAUAAAAAAGAAAUACCUCCUUU